GGAUAAGAAAUGUAGAUUGAAAAGAAACUUGCCUCUGUUUAGCAUUCUGUUACAAAUAAUUGGCUUUGCGUACUGGCUGUGAUAAAUUUACUACUUGGUAAGCAGAGGUCUGUCCCCCUCUGUGGUAAUCAUGUAUGUAGAACCACUAUCUCUUGUGGAUUUUUUGCCCCCCAGAAAAGUCCUGGAGAAUAUGAAGAAUCCUGAACAAACCACAAGGAAAAAGAACAAAGCUACCGAUCUGAAUUGUGGCCAGGUUGUUAUAAUUGAAAGCACCAAGGAAAGAUGCUACUCAGAUUUAGCCAGAAAAGUCAAGCCGAACAAAAAGAAGCGCUUGCUAAAAGAAAUGGGUUCUGAACGGCUAGAUCCAAAGAAGAAAAAUAAACAGAGCAACUCUGAAUUAAAGAAGAAAGCACGUACUAGCUCUCCUGUGAUACUAGAAAGCAACUCGGAUUCCGAAUUGCUAAGAGGCACCAGGAAAAGACUGAAGAUGUUCAAAAAAAAGGAAGAGCGAAAGCUUUCUUGUAAACGAGUCCAAGAUUGUGAGGCUCUGGGUGAAAGGGAGCCUGAUACUGAGUUUCAUGUGAGUAAGAAACGCAAGAGGAAUAUUCUUGAGGGGCAAGAUGAAGAACUGAUGAUGAAAAGCAAGAAGAAGAAAAAGGAAAAAAGAAAACACAACCCCACUUGCUCUCUGGUUUUACAUAGUGUUGUCCGUGAAGAGUCUGUGAAACAGAUCUCUGGAAAGAUCUCGGAUCUCGGUUGCCAAGCAGUGUCGUUUUCCAGUCAGAAAAAGAGAAGAACCCUUGGUCGGAAGGUUGUGCGUGACAGUGUUCUUGUCAAGAAGAAACAACUUGGCUACUACAUGGGCUAUCAAGAGAACAGCAGUGGCAUUGCCAGCUGUGUCUGCAAGUUACAGGAUGCCCAAAGUUGGGACGGUCACCUGCAGUGGCAGGAGGUUUUGGCCUGUAGGUCAGAAACAGGUAGUGAAGCCACCAAGAAGAAAAAGAAGAAGCUGAAGAAAGGAAACACAGCUUCCCUUUCCUCCUUAGCCAAGAAUCAGGAAAACCACGGCAGCAUUAGGAGUGAAUGUUGCCUAAAAUUCCCAUCUCAGAAAGGGCUGGGGGUUGGCAGGGUUCCUAAAGAAGUCAAUAAGCUGGCAAAGAAGAAGAAAAGAGAAGCUGGAGAUGUAGGCCAUUUGUCAGAAGAUGGCCAAGAUGUCUUGUCAAAGGUGAGAGCGCCAGGAGGGAAGGAAAAGAGAAAGAAAGCAAAAAAGGCCGAUGUGGAACCAGAUUGCGUGGUGAGGAAUGGCCGGGACAGGUCUGAGGACAGCCAAGAAUGGCAGAUCAAGAAAAAGACGAAGAAUCCGGAAACCGGAAGCUCUCAAGAUAGUGACCGGGAGGCGAGUUGGAAGAAAGCGAAGACGAAAAAGGCACCCAAGGAAACAGAAGAUGAAGUAAAACUGGUGGCGUUCAAAAAAGGAAACUGUGAUGAAGUGAACAUAGACAAGGUGAGACGGCAAGCGCUCCAAGAAGAGAUUGACCGGGAAUCUGGCAAAACCAAGACUGUCAAGGAAGAACUGAUGAGUGUGCACCUUUUGGGUCUGGACAACCAUUUUGGCCAGUGGAGCACAGCGACAUUUGGAACUUCGGAGCAAAAGGCAACAUUUCUCAGAUUGCUGGGUGGAUUUAAAAAAGGCUUGGCAUCGGCUCAGAGUUCUCCAGCAAAUGCUACCAAAUCGAAUAUGGCUCUGGAACGCAGCAGAGAGCAAAAACUGCAACAUAACCUAUAGGCAGAAUUCGAGAAAGCCGUCGCUUUUAAGCACCAUCGAGGUAUUGGCCUGGGGUUCCAGCCCACUACUCCAAGCCAUGUACACAUAGACAAAUACGCUUCAAAAUCUAUUAAAUUUGAAGACUGACAUGUUGGGGAGAACGAAUUGCCCAAAGAGGUUGGGGGUUCAAUAUUUUUCACCUGUGGCAAGAAAAUGACCCUGGACUUUGACUCAGAUGCUGUUCUCAGACAGGUGAGAGAUGGCCUCUACAAAUACUUGAGGUCACCAGAUAUUGCUAGUGUGCGUAUAGGCAUGUAUAUUUGUAUUGAACUGCUGUUUGGCCAGUUAAGGGUCCACUUGUGAUGAGUUUGGGAUGGGCCGUUGAGCUGUUGAAUCGUUCCACAGUGUAGCUAAAUAAGGGGCAGGCAAGCAGCAUA